AUGGUUUCUCCUGAGAUGACAAAGGAGACUGCUGGGAUAGGCAUCAGCCCAGUUGGGAGUACCGGGCAUGUUGACAGGCCGGUAGAUGAUGGCAGGGCAGCCGCAACCGAGCAACCUCUCCACGACGACAGCGACAGCGACGACACAGAUACGCCCGAGAACGAGGAGAUUGGCCGUGCAAUCGACGAGCUCGAGAACCAAGAGAAGUCUUGGUUUGCCUAUUUAAAGACGGGAGAUUUUUAUAUCGUCUUAAUUCUCGGGCAAAUCCUUGCACUAUGCAUCACAGCUACAAACACUUUAUCCACGAAGCUUGUGAUGGCUGGCAACUCCACUCCGGCAUUUCAAACUCUCUUCAACUACGUGCUGCUCACAUUGAUAUACACGACAUACACCAUCUAUACCUACGGUUUUAAGAAAUACUUCAAGCUCCUUCUUGUCGAUGGCUGGAAAUACUUUAUCCUUUCCUUUUUGGAUGUGGAAGGAAACUAUUUCACCGUGCUUGCUUACCGAUACACAACGCUUCUCUCAGCGCAGCUACUGAACUUCUGGUCUAUCGUCUGUGUGGUAAUCUUGUCUUUCCUUUUCCUCAACGUACGCUACAAGUGGGCCCAGAUUGCUGGGAUCCUCGUAUGCUGCGGCGGCAUGGGUUUAUUACUUGCAUCUGACCACCUCCAAGGCACCAAUGGUAGCCAAGGUGUAGAUCAGCUCAAAGGAGAUCUCUUUGGCUUGCUGGGCGCCACAUUAUAUGGUUUGAGCAAUGUCUUCGAAGAAUGGUUCGUCAGUCUGCGCCCAAUGUAUGAGGUUCUGGGAAUGCUCGGCAUUUUCGGUAUUGUGAUAAAUGGUGUCCAAGCGGCGAUCUUUGACCGAACAUCCUUCCACGAUGCAACCUGGAAUGGUGCCGUGGCGGGAUAUCUGGUUGGAUACACGUUGGCUCUCACCAUAUUCUAUUCGUUUGCGCCUAUCAUCCUCCGAAUGGCAAGUGCGGCAUUUUUCGACAUCUCGCUGCUCACCGGAAAUUUUUGGGGCACGAUUAUUGGCAUCCAUGUCUUUGGAUACACGAUACACUUCCUGUAUCCAAUUGCAUUUGUGCUUAUUAUCAUUGGUCUUAUGGUCUACUUCCUUGCCGGAUCCAUGUUGGGAGACAGCAAGAAGCCAUGGCUCGGAAAGAACCAAGAGCUCGGAGUCGAAGGUCUGGGUACCGCAAAGCGAAAGGCAGUAAAGCGCGUUAUCCGUGAGCGACAACCCGGACAGCAGGCAUGA